AUGGAAGGUGAAGACAUAAGGUUGAGCAAAGCCAUUGACAUUGCCAGAUCUCAUGAAGCAACCAUAAGAGAUAACAAAGACAUGAGAGUCAAAACAGUCAACUAUGACCUAAAUGUCGAUGCUGUGGGACACCCUAAGUUUGCAAGGGCAGCAAAACCAUGCAACAAUGACAAACCCAGGAAAGCUAACAGAACAUCUGCCGUGCAUGAGUUCAGCCAAGAUGACCCCUAUGAGGAUUAUUUCACAGUAAGUUCUGUUAGAGUAGCAAAGGUGUCAAACAGUAAUGAUAGUGAAGCUCUACGAUCUAUCAAAGUCAGAACCCCUUGCAACAAGACUGGCUCGAUGACAAUCAAGGUCGAUACAGGGGCUAGAGUAAAUCUGCUCCCGAUAAGAGCAUUUCGAAUUAUGUUUCCAGAUUUAUUAGAUGCUCAUGGGAAGCCGAAAACCUAUCUGAUCAACAACCGUCAGAAGAAUUUGAUUGCAGUGAACAAUAUAAAACUCAAGCAUUUUGGGUUGAUCAAAUUAAAGUGCACCUUCGAUGAGAAAAACUGGAUCGAUACAGAUUUCUACAUUCUGGACCAAGAAGUUGGACCAAAUAUUUUGGGUCUCCCAAGCCUGAGAGCCCUAGGCAUGGUGACAAAUCAUGAAGCAUGGAUGCAUCCUCAACCAACCACGGCCGUCCAGUCGGUGUAUGAUUUAAAGAAAUCAUACCUGGAUCAGUUUGAUAAAAUUGGAAGUUUUCAUGGAAAAUACCACAUAGUGAAAGAGGGUUCAAGACCAGUUGUCCAUGCACAGCGAAAAUUUCCUAUACAUAAAAAGGAAGAACUUCAAAACAAGCUCGAAGACAUGGAAAAAAUAGGAGUUAUCAAAAAGGUGUCGGAACCUACAGAUUGGGUCAACAGCAUGGUUUGCACCAUGAAGAAGGAUGGCAGCCUGCGCAUAUGCUUAGAUCCAAAGGAUUUGAACAAAGCUAUAAAAAGAAGCUAUCACAAGACACCUACACAAGAGGAAUUCACACACAAGUUUGCAGACUCAAAAUAUUUCAGCAAACUUGAUGUAAAGAAUGGCUAUUGGUCAGUCACACUUGACGAGACCAGUUCGUUCCUCACUACAUUCAACACUCCCUUUGGCCGCUACAGAUAUCUCAGAAUGCCUUUUGGCCUGGUUAUGUCACAAGAUGUUUUCCAGCAAAAAAUGGAUCAGAUCCUCGAAAACUGUCCUGGUACCAUUGGCAUUGCUGAUGAUGUAGUUGUGUUUGGAAAAACUGAAGAGGAACAUGACAUAAACCUGCAUAACUUCUUCAAGAUUGCCAAGCAGAAAGGAUUAACUUUCAACAGGGCAAAGUGUGUGAUCAAGCCGGAACAAGUGAAAUUCAUUGGAACUGUCUACGACAAGGAAGGCUCUCACCCAGAUCCAGACAAGGUAUCUGCAAUCAAAGCACUGCCGAGCCCAACAAAUGUUACUGAGUUGCAACAAUGUUUGGGAAUUGUCACCUAUAUGUCGCCAUUUAUCCCAAACCUAGCUGAUGAAACUGCACCACUUAGAAGUCUCCUAAAAAAAGGUAUAGACUUUACAUGGUCACCAACCCACGAGAAGGCAUUCGAACAUAUUAAGAAUAUUCUGUGCACAGAUGCAACACUGGCACAUUUCAAUCCAAAUAAACCAACAGUAAUACAAGUAGAUGCAUCACAAAAAGGUAUUGGUGCUGCAUUAGUGCAAGAUGACAAGCCUAUUGCCUAUGCAUCCAAGUCUCUGUCUGAAACAGAACAAUGUUAUGCCAAUAUUGAAAGAGAACUACUUGCAGUGGUAUUUGGAUGUGAAAGAUUUCAUACCUAUGUAUACGGCAAAGCAUUCCUGGUGGAGAGUGACCACAAACCUCUGGAAAUGAUUCAACUAAAGAAUCUGACAGCCACACCGCCCAGACUGCAGCGUAUGCUGAUGAGGCUGCAGCACUAUGAUGUCACGAUCCGAUACAAGCCAGGAAAAGAUCUCUUAUUAGCAGAUGGUCUAUCAUGCUUGCCAUCAACGGACAACCAACAUAUUGGUCUAGACCGACAGAUCAACUUUGUUACAUUCAGCAACGAGAAACUAGUCUCACUUAGACAGGAAACCUCAAAAGAUGUCAUCCUGCAUGGACUGAAAGACGUCAUUAUUCAAGGAUGGCCAGAAAAGAUGAAAGACUUACCGAGAAUGCUGCAACCAUACUGGUCCUUCAGAGAUGAGAUAUCUAUUGAAGAUGGGCUAGUGAUAAAAGGCAGCAAAUUCGUAAUCCCAGCUUCCAUGCAGAAAAUUGUGCUUGACCGCAUCCACGAAGGACACCAAGGCAUCACGAAAUGCCAACUUCGAGCCAAAGACUGUGUAUACUGGAUUUCAAUCAACAGGGACAUUGAAGACCUAGUCCAGCAGUGUUCCAUAUGCCAAGAAACGUCAAGGUCACAUACAAAGGAAACCCUCAUCCCGCAUGAACUUCCUACACGACCAUGGCAGUAUGUCGGAACAGAUCUUUUCCAUUAUGGAGGAAAUGAUUUCCUGAUUAUAGCUGAAUACUACUCAAAGUUUCCAGUUAUCAGGAAAAUGCCCAUGCAUGUCACAAGCCAAGCUGUGAUCAAGGGAUUGAAGAACUUGUUCUCUGAGUACGGAGUUCCCGAAAAAGUAUAUAGCGAUAAUGGACGCCAAUAUAGCUCAGAAGAAUUUGCAACGUUCGCCUCGAACUGGGAAUUUGAACAUAUAACAAGCUCACCCCACUAUCCUCAGUCAAAUGGAUUCAUUGAAAGAACUAUCCAGACUGUUAAAAACACCAUCGACAAGGCAAAAAGAAGCAACAAGGAUCCAGAAAUGGCAUUAUUAACCCUACGUACCACACCACUGGAUAGCAAGUUGCCAAGCCCAGCAGAACUUCUGAUCGGGAGGAAGAUGAGGAAGGAAGCAAGACACACAGAAGCAGUAUUACGACCGAGGAGCAAAAGACCAGCCAACACUCCUAGCAGGCCAAGCUGUUCAAGUUCAAGACCACAUUACUGGAAGAUGGACACCCGCUACAGUCGUGGAGAAAUCCCAAGAACCUCGAUCAUACAUAGUCGAAACACAAGAUGGAGGUAUCUUACGAAGAAACAGACGAACAUCAGGCAGACGCCACAACCCAAGCAUCCACUUCCAGAUGAACACCAUGCAGAAGAGUCUACUGGAACCACAUGGAAUAUAGAUAACGAGCAAGAACAUGUGAGCAAGGCUCCUGAAGUAGUGCCUCAAGAACAAGAAUCAACAUGCGAUGGCACAAGAACAAGAUGUGGCCAUCUUGGUGGCAGCAUCGGUAUCGUCUCUGACUCGCACGGUGAAGGAUCCAGAAUCGAGACCAGAGUUUAA